UAAUUUUCGUUAAGCAGUACAGGAUUUCUCUACCACGAGGGUCGAAGAACUUUCUAUCAGUUUGAAAUUAAUUUAUCCAUACUCUAGAAUGGAAGGUGAUAUCCAGGAUGCACUAGAAGACCUCGGAUUUACUGGUGAACUUUUGGAAGAAGGUGCUCUAACUAUUGCCACCCAAGGGGAGUGUCUCACAGCUGACUUCAUGGCCUUAUGUGUCUGGCUAACUGAACAACUGAACUGUCUGUGUACAAUACAGGAACAUGUUUCAGAGAAAGAGGAUGAAGAAACAUUUCGCAUGGAAAUGAGUGGACUGUUAAAUGAGCUAGGUUGUCCCCAUUCCCAGCUUUUAGGAGUCAAUGGGCUUGCCUCUCAAGCAAACAGGCUGCUUCUUUUGGACUAUCUGACCUCAGAACUUCAAGCACUGAAAAUGAUUGGAGGUGAAGAAGAAGAAAAAAUGGAGAUUGAUAAUCAAGCAGCGAGUCCAGCCUUGGAUCAGCUAAAGGCCAUCUUACACGCUUUAGAUUUACCACAACCAUCUAAAGAAUCAACUGUGUUUGAUUUGUUUACUCAGAUCGAGACCAAGGUGCGUGAACUAUUAAGUAAAGCCCCUAAAGAUCAUCUUGGGCAGCCUUUAUUAGAUGAGACUCUGGGAGUCAAGCAGUGGAGCAAAGUAGAAGAAAUCAACUCACAGCUAAAUCAGGAGUACACGCUGCGCCGUUCAAUGUUGUUGAAGAGAUUAGAUGUCACAGUCCAAUCCUUUGGUUGGUCUGACAGGGCAAAGGCUAAAAAACAUGAAAUGUCUGCAGUUUUUCAUCCACUAAGAAAAUCUCUAUCAGCUACAGCCCCAGUAACCAUUCCAGAUAUAAUUGCUGCAAGAUCAGAUUUGCUUAGGUUGACAAAAACAAGCAGUGGUGACAUAAGAGACAAAACACAAUGUGAAAUAAACAAGAUCAUGAUGGGCAAAGUCCCUGAUCGUGGUGGGAGGCCAUCACAUGUUGGGUCACCAGUGGAGAUGCCAUCUUUCAAGAAGAGAACAGAGCCAGCUCCAAAGGACCAAAGACAUUCAAAUGGCCAUGGAGGUGGACGAGGAGGAAGAGGAGACAAAGUUCAAGGGCGCUGGUCACAUAAAGGUGCACAUAGAGGUGCACAAGGAGGUCAGGGGGGUGGCUGGAGUGGAGGCAGGGGAGAGAAAGGUGGUAACAGAGGACAUUUUUUUGUAGGUGAUGACAAUCAGAGAAGGGUUUAUUAUAGCUGAUACUUUGCCAUUCUACCACUGCUGCCUUAUAGAAACACUCAGACACUGACAAGUUAAUAUAAAUACAAUGUUAUUCAGUGAUAUUUAUAAAAAAUAUAUAUUGCACAAACUGAGUAGAAUGUAAUAAAAACUUACAACAAAAUCAUUAGAGCAUGAUUAUGUCUAACAUUACAGUAAUAACUAUAAGCUUUCUUUCUAGGAAUUCUUACUGACUGUCCUGUUAAUUUUUUGUGAACUAUGACUGAAAGAACCUUACUGUUUGUGCAUGAUAGUGAGACUCUUUACAUGAGAAUAAAGGCAAAGGCCUUAGUUAUUUUAGGAUUACAUUGCAAUUAAUAAGAUUCUGAUUACAAUGUUAUGACCCUUUGAAAAAUACAUUUGUUAAAGACAUGUUAAGUUUAAUAUGUCAAAUGCCCAGGCACUGUCCAGGCCAAAAUGACAAAUUACCAAAACACAAGUCGUGCUGGGCUAUUUAAUAA